GAGCGUCUCCGCUGCGAGCUGUCAAUGCUAUUAGAGUCCGUCAUUAUGCUCCGAGGAGUCCCUUCGUUCAUCCCAACAGUCUCUUGAAGAAACUCCAGAUACUUUUCCCUUCUUACAGCAGAUCAGACUGUAACUCAACCAACACAGGGCACACAACAACAGCGAACGUUCAAAUUGCCCGCCCGCGUCGCGUGGAAAAUAUGAGCUUCCUUUGCUGUGACGUAAACACUGUGCGCCGGCUAUCACAAACUUUUGCUGUGUAAUCCAUACAGGCGAGGCUAAGAGACUGCUCAUAAUUUAAUCUGUUUUAUAUAAAUACUCCAACUUGUAUCAGGUCAACAGAAUGGAAUAUUUAAUCGGCAUACAGGGACCGGAUUUUGUCCUCGUCGCCGCUGAUAAUGUUGCGGCAAGCAGCAUCAUUCAGAUGAAACACGACUAUGACAAGAUGUUCAAGCUCAGUGAGAAGAUUUUGCUGCUGUGUGUGGGAGAAGCUGGAGACACAGUGCAGUUUGCAGAGUACAUCCAGAAGAAUGUGCAGCUCUACAAAAUGAGGAACGGUUAUGAGCUCAGUCCAUCAGCAGCAGCAAACUUCACGCGAAAGAACCUGGCAGACUAUCUUCGGAGCAGGACUCCAUACCACGUGAACCUGUUGCUGGCGGGCUAUGAUGACACAGACGGCCCGGGUCUCUACUACAUGGACUACCUGUCUUCCCUGGCCAAGGCCCCCUUCGCUGCCCACGGCUACGGAGCCUAUCUCACUCUUUCCAUUCUUGACCGAUACUACAGACCAGAUCUGAGUCGGGAUGAAGCGGUAGAUCUGCUGAAGAAGUGUGCUGAAGAACUCAACAAACGCUUCAUCCUGAAUCUCCCCUCCUUUACCGUCCGUUUGAUUGACAAGGAGGGCAUCCAUGACCUGGAGAAGCUCACCCUCGGCGCCAAGUGACCGCACUGCAAAACUACCCACCAUCACAAUCGCUUCUCUCUCUUUUUUUUCUUUUUUUUUUUUUU